AGUCACUGCUCUGGAGUCCUGAGGGGACGGUGCUGCUGCCAGGACUGUCCACACUGCGACACCGGACCUCCGGGAACCUACCUGCCCGACCCACUGUGUGCGAUCCGUCUGUGGAAUGAUGCUCCGGGGAAGCGGCUUUGUUCUCCUCUUCUACGUAUUUCCAGGUCUCGCUGUCCAGCAGCUCCACGUGAACCCACAGAUUACUGCCAAGAUCGCCGCCGCCGCCGCCAGGAUGUUCUGUUCGACGCCCCUGGACGUCCUCAUUCUCCUCGAUGGUUCCAAUAGUGUUGGGAAGGGCAGUUUUGAGAGGUCCAAGCACUUUGCAGUAAAGCUCUGUGACGCUUUAGACAUUAGCGCUGAGCGGGUAAGAGUGGGGGUCAUUCAGUACAGCACCACUCCGCAGGUUGAGCUCCGGCUAGACUCGGGAUUCGCUAAAGGAGACGUCAAAGAGAAGAUCAAGUCGGUGGCGUUUAAAGGGGGCAGCACUGAGACCGGCCUGGCCCUAAAAUAUAUUUUGCGGAAAGGUUUUCCAGGUGGUCGAGACUCUUCUGUCCCCAAGAUGUUGAUCCUUCUCUCUGAUGGCAAGUCCCAGGGGCAGCCGACAGUCCCGGCUCUGCAGCUCAAGGAGCAGGGGGUCGAGGUGUUUGCAGUUGGUGUAAAGUUUCCAAGAUGGGCGGAGCUUCAUUCCCUCGCCAGUGAUCCGGCCGCGCAACACGUAUUUUUUGCUGAACAUGUGAAUGACGCUGUCAAUGGUCUGUGCAGCGCUCUGAGUAACACGUCGGUAUGCAGCGCGGUCCCAGCAGGUUGCACAAUCCAUUCCUUCCCAUGUGAGCGGAAAACCCUGGAAACGGUGAAGGAACUGACGGGGAACUACAUGUGCUGGAGAGGAGCCGCCGGCCCCAGUCGUGUGUACGCAGGACACUGUCCCUUCUACAGCUGGAAACGUUUCUACAGCCGCCUCGAGGCUCAGUGCUCCCGGUCAGUCUGUCCAGAUCCCUGUGACUCUCAGCCGUGCAAGAACGGAGGCACCUGCAUCCCCGACGACACGGACAAGUAUCACUGCUUGUGUCCUGCUGGAUUCGCGGGUGACUCUGAGUGCGCUCCUAACUUGAGCCUUGAGUGCUACGUAGACCUGCUCUUCCUGGUGGACAGCUCGUCGUCCCUGGAGAGCUUCCUGCAGCACCGAUCCUUCGUGAAGCGCUUCCUGCAGGCCGCCCUGUCGGACGACUCCCCGGUCAAUGUCGGCGUGGCCCAGUACAGCGAUGAGGUGCAGAUGGUGGUGAAGAUCAAUGAGUACGAGAACGUGGCGGAGCUGCUCAGAUACGUGGAGGGCAUGAGGUUUAUGGGCGGUGGCAUCUACACGGGUAAAGCCCUGCGGCAUGUCACUCAGCACGGGUUCAAGAGCACCCCGACCUUCUCUGACAUCCGCGACGACCUCCCGCGGGUUGUGGUCUUAUUGGCCGGAUCCACGUCUAAGGACUCUGUGAAGGAACCCGCCCAGUAUGCCCGCGACCAUGAGGUGUUUAUUAUCGGAGUAGCAAGCGACGCCACCAAAGAGGAGAUGACGGAGAUUGUGGGGAACCCCCAAGAUGUGAUCGGAUACUCCAACCCCCAACAUCUAUUCAACCAGCUGCCCCAGCUCCAGAAGAAAAUCUGCAGCGUCGACAUCCAGGGUUGUCAGGCCCAGCCCCUGGAUCUCGUCUUCGUCUUGGACGCCUCCUCCAGUGUCGGACAGGAGAACUUUCUCCGGGUGCUGAACUUCAUGACCAUGGUGGCCCUUCAGUUUGACGUUAACCGCGAUGUCACCCAGGUGGGGCUGGUCACGUACGGCGCUCAGCCGCUGACGGUAUUUGGGCUGGACGUCCAUGAGACGAGUUCUAGCCUCCUCCACGCCAUUAACCGGGCGCAGUACCAGGGAGGACCGCCGAACACACGAGGCGCCCUCCUCCAUGUCUACAGUGAGGUGAUGACCGUUCAGAAAGGGGCACGUCCUGGGGUGAAGAAGGCGGUGGUGCUGGUCACUGACGGGCGCGGCUCCGAGGACGCUGCCGUCUCCGCCCAGAGGCUGCGCGAUAAUGGGAUCUCCAUCUUCACUGUCGGAGUUGGGAAAAUCCAUAGGAACUUGCUGCUGCGCAUUGCGGGAUCCGACCGGUACCUCACCCACGUCCCAUCCCAUGACGCCCUCAGUCAGUACGAAGACGCCAUCAUCCAGAGGGUGUGUGAAGAGGCGAAGACGAAGGUGAACCUGUGUUUGCCGAAUCCCUGUGUGAACGGGGGGCUGUGCAUCCUGGGAGACGGCAGCUACCGCUGUGAGUGCGAUGGAUGGGACGGGCCGCACUGCGAGACACGAAUCCUUCGAGGAGACGUCCAGUGGCCACUGGGAUUACAGAGCAAAAACCCGAGGCAGCAGCACUCAUCCGCAUCGCAGCGACGGCUCAGGCGCCAUAACCUCAGCGCAUAGCCAGGAACCUACCGUUACUGACACCCUGCAGAGAGGAGGCGGCUUUACUCCAUCAGCAGCUGACAAGCACUGACCUCACCGAACCACAGCCAGUGUAAUGCCGCUGAGUGGUCACUAGAGGGCAACCAAUCAGAACCUGAUGAUGCGUCGUAACCGCGGCGGCAUUCCUCCAAUCUGGCUCCGGACUGCUGUAAAUAUUAUAAAACAGUGAGCGCUGGUUCUGAGGUGGAAAGUGCAGCCAUAUUGGUCAUUUGCUGUGACAACCAAUAUGGUCGCACUUCCUGCCAGGGCUGCGGCCGAGGCUGUGACUGCUGAUUUAUCCACUGUAUAGAUUCAUAUCUGAAGCUUGGUGGUCAUAGUGCAAGACCAGGGACGCCUUUACUGAUCUCGCAUCCGGAGCUGAAUUCAGAAUUCUGCCCAGAAAUACCAUGUGCUCCGCUGUCCAGCAUUGUGGAGAUGGAGUUACUCUUUACCCACAAUGCACCACAGGAAAGCAAUCCCCACAGAACCAAUACACCAGCAGGGGCCAGUGCAGAGAGUGAGGCCCUGGAGCCUGAGCGCUAACCGAUAACCGCCAGGAUUGUGACUGCAGCUCUGGAUGUGACUGGAAUAUAAGACAUGACAGAAAAUGAGAAUUGUAAAUGUAGCUUUGUAUGUGAUUAGAGAAUAAGACAAGAUGUAAAAGUAAAAUUGUGACUGCAGCUUUGUAUGUGAACAGAGAACUACAUAUGUUAAAGUAGAAUUAUUACUGCAGCUCUGAAUGUGAGUGGAGUACUAGGCGUGAUGCAGAUCUGGCUGUAAAUGGAAGAAAAGUAAUGGUGUAAAAGAAUUGUGAGUGCGUCUCUGGAUGUGACUGGAGUAAAAGACAGGGUGUAACAUGAGAAGCGUUAACGCAGCUCUGGAUGUGAUUAGAGUAUUAGAUAUGUUCUAAUAUGACAAUAGUGAAUGCAGGUCUGGAUGUGACUAGAGUAUAAGUCAAGAUAAAAUAUGUGAAUAGGUAAUGCAGCUCUGGAUGUGACUGGAGAAUAAGACAAGAUGUUUCUUGGGAUCAGAUCAAGUAAAGUAGGAAAUGUAUUUGUCUCCUCAGCGUUAGGACUUGUUCACAGGAACGUAUGAGUUCCGUUUCCGUAUUGCAGACCGCAUAUGCGGAUACACUUCACACCGUUCCGUGUCACGGAUGCGGACCUAUUUGCU